UGUAUGUGUUUACAAGUUGUCAAAAGAACAUUUUCGUAAAAUAUGCCCGAUUCCUGUUCAGUUUAUGGUUGUUCAAACCGAUCUAAUAAGAAAAAAGAAAACGGUUUGUUAGAAUACCUGAAAGAAGUGGUUCACAAGAGAGAUCGGACAAGAAAUUUAUCAAAAAGACGUCGAAACCGAUGGCUGGCUAUCCUGACUUAACAGUACUGUAUCUUCGAAAGGAGUUAAAUCUUCACACGCUCGUGUAUGUAGCGAUCACUUCGUAAAAGGUAUUUAACAAUUCUAUAUUUGUAUGAGUUUGAAAUUCAGAUGUUAUUUCUUUGCUUUGCACGUGUUGGUUUGUUGUAAACAMUGAAAAUACGAYGAUGCUUGUAGAGURUUUGUAGGUUCGUCGCGUCGUAUCGAAGUCUGUUUACUAAACAAAUUCUAUACAUGUAUAUCUUAUCUAGGUUGUCCAAGCAAUGUAAAUGACGAAGACGACAUAGAUUGGGCCCCUAAGUUGAAGCUUGGCAAUCAGAAGAUAAAACAAGCCACAGAGAGCUCUAUAAAGCGCGGUGAGAGAAGCAAACAGAGAUCUGAAACGUCUCCAUUCCGAAGCUGCUAGUGCCUUGCUUGACUAUAAAUGCAGAAGCAAGCUCGUCUGAUUGAUGAAGAAAUCUCUUAUGAACAAACCAUAGAUGAUCCGCACCUAUCAGCCCAAGACACACAGACAGAAACGACAGAAAACCCGAAUCGUCAGGAUGCAGAAUGCCAGACGGAUCUGACCAGCGAUCUUUUGUGUGCAAUGGAAGAGGAGUUAAACAUAACACGUCAAAAGCUCUCCGAUUUGCAGGCAAAGACAUUAAAUGAAAAUAAAAAACGAUGUUUACACUACAAGAUAGUUGGAAAUGUCCCGGAACUGAAAGCCAGGAAAGGCGGCGAAAUCCUUCGAAAAGUCCUUUAGUUUCACAGAAUAUGGAUCAAUUCCAUCACAGAUAGAUAUUUUGUUUAAAUAUCUUGA